CUAGAAUAAGCGCUUACUUAAUAUCGAAGUAUAAAGUGCUUAGUACAUGCUUCUCACUUUAAGGGCUUUUUAUUUAUUUUAAGCGUAUUUUGACACCUCCAAGCCGCCUAAGCCGAGCUGAUUUAGCUGCGCUAAGUAUCCCUGCUAGACGCGCUCUUUGAUGGAAAUUCUCUCUAGACUCGAGGCUUAUGCUGCCAUUUGAACACUUAUCCCUUUUUUAUAAAGGCAUGUAUUCUAACAGUAGCGAAAUGCGGUUGUCGUUUCUUCGAAUAAUGUCCUCACACCUGCGUACCAUUGCUCCCAAGAGAGACGGAGGACCGCCUAGAGGAGCUCCGAGGGAGCUCCCUCUACCUAGAAAAAAUGUCCGUAUGGCGUGCAGACAGUGCCGUACAGCAAGGAGAAAAUGCGACGAACUUAGACCAUCCUGUUCGUCCUGUGUUCGCCUUAGUAAGGUCUGCGAAUUCGACGGAGUUGACAAAAGAAAGAAAGAUAGUUGGAAAUAUGCUAUCAACGCAUUGGAACAAGAAAACAAAAAUCUCGAGGAAACUAUUCAGCAAUUAAAGUCUAACUCAGCUUCCGAGUCUGCUGGUGUUGGGCAAAUGCAGAGCGAACGACUUGCAGGGGACCCUGCAUGUGUAGGGCGUGGCGCUGGGCGCUUUUCUCCUUCGCUCUAUCCUGUCCGAAUCCCAACAUCUGUAAGAUAUUGUGAAGCCGUUAUUUCUUUGCUUUGUCGCGACCGUGGAGGUGCUUAUGAAGGUUAUUGGAUUGUGCUGCUGACAUACAUGAUGGAAUAUGUUGAUGGGACGAGCAUCCUCAAUGAAGAAGCGCUUGCGCAGCCUUAUCGGCGCUUCUACCAUGCAAUGAAACGUGGCGAUCUGAAAAUGUAUCUCAUAUUGGACGAAGUUCGCCGUGACUUGAAGGGGUUGAUGUAUGAUCCUGCUGCAGGGAAAUAGAUCUACAAUGAACUUGG